CCUCUCCUUCCCCCGCAUCGUAAAUAAUUCAAAACACCUGGGUAGUUCAUGACAGGAAUCAUAAAGCAUAAUGCCGGAAACUGAAGCGCAAUCGCUCGAAGUACCAAAACGGGGCGAUCCCGACAGGAAGCGUGUUCUGAACGUCUUGGCUCAGCGUCGCUAUCGUCAGCGAAGGCAGGAGAAAGUGCAUGCAUUAGAACGUAGAUCUGCUGCUACCAAGGCUCUUUCCACGAAUGAGAUAUUCCUUGUCAACAGUAGAGCCGGUGACCGAAAUCAGCAAUGCAUGGAGAACUACAUGGUGCAGGCUGGAGAUAACUUCUGUCUUGUAUCAGAUGGAUCAACUCCAAGUUCGGAUAACACCUGGAACUCACUGUCUACCAGUGCGGGCAGCAGCCCAGAUAAUUAUCUCAAUGAUAUAAAUGGCCUAGAUCAAGUUUUCUUCAACCUAACGCCGCCGCUCUACAACUUGAGCGAUUUCGAUUCCGAGCUACAGGCCCUCGAGUCAUCGCAGUUCACAUUUCCGGACGAUGCGAAUCUCCAGGUGCCCGAGCUCAAGGUUAUCAAAGCAGGUCUUGAGAUGGCUAUGCUUCUUAACUGCGGAGAUGCACUCUGGGACCCAACAGCCACUCGCCUCUUCACAUCAACCACUCUUUCCAUAACACUUCCACCAGACCUACAACCGACUGAAGUCCAGGGGACAAUCCCUCAUCAUCCUCUACUUGAUAUACUACCGUGGCCAUCAGUGCGGAACAAAUUUAUUUACAUAUUUUCGCAGCCGGUAGAAAUGAGGCCGAAGGCGGCGCGGGAUCCGAUGGCGCUAAUCAAGUUGCAAUACGACCUCGAAGACUCGGCGGAAGGAGUGAGGAUUUUAAAUGAAGACUGUUACGACGGCAAGAACUGGGAGAUUGGCCAGGUCGUGUUCCAGAAUUGGUGGUGGGCUUUGGAUCGGGGCGUUGUAGAGCACUCCAACAAGUUACGAGCGAGGAGGGGUGCGCCCCCGUUGCAGCUGAUGUCUGCUUAAACUAACGUUUGGGUUCUAUGUCUGUCCAUCUCUCGAUGGUAAUAUUAUGUAUGUUUGAGAUAAGCAGGUAAAGUUGCCUUAUUAAUAACUAUGGUUCUUAUAAUCUGUGCCAGUUAUGUAUCGUCGCUAUAAAAGUUUAACAAACACUAUUAAUAUUCCUUGCGCU